CAGCCCAGCAAGCCAAGUGGCGACAUGUCCUCUUCUUCAACCAUCAUAAGUCCACCUAAGGAGGCGUGGUCCUGCGCACGGGAGGCGUCGAGCGGAUGCGACAAGACCUUGCCACCCACACACGAUCAUGUACAAGAAUACAAUAGGAAGAGAAAGAAGAGGGGCAAGAAAAGCUGGAGGGGCAGGAGGAGCGAAACAGACAAUAUACCUGUCAAUGGACCUUGUCAACCGCUGACCACUUCGUCCGCGGUGAACAAUGCCAGCUUUAGACAAGUAGCUAGCCCUCGUCUCGACGACGGAGGUCGUAGCCCUACCGACGUAUCCGCGCAUUCGUGGUUGAAAUGUAGCGAAGGUGCGUGCGGAGCCGUCGGUCUGUUUGAGGUGGACUGUCGCAGGCUGACAAUGCUCUACGUGAUCAGUGACUUACUCGGCGAAGAGCCGUCGCACGUCGCCCAAGAACAACAUGCAAGAUGAUGUGCCUUCCCACGGUUUCCAAUUGCCUAGGAUUCAGCAUGUCAAGAGACCCCCCUCCAGCACUUGUAGAUCGCACGACGAGACCGAGGCCAGCUUUCACACCGCUUCGUCAGCUGACUCACCCCUUUUCUCACUCAUUGGGCCACUUUCUCAAAACCCCGACGACAGCAACACCAAGUCGAUGCCCCAGACCCGGAAUCUGCCAUGCACUCGCUUUCCGCUCGGUCACACUUCCGCACACACCGCCUCGUCCUCUUCGGUGGCUACAGCACCUGACGAACCCGUCUCCCAGAUUGAUGGUACGGUGGACUUAGAGACGCCGCCUCAGUCCAUUGAGCCCGCGCGAGACUUCCAUGAGUGUCGUUCGUCUCCUCCUGCGAACCUCGGCAAGGUAAGGAAGAAAGAUAAUGCCGUCGACACGAAAAGUCAGGGGCGGAUCAAUGUCGAAACGUUGCCGCUUUAUCAUUCGAUUCCGAGCUCACAACGAAAGGUGGGAUGUGGGAAAGGGGUCACUGUCGGGGAGAACGACAUCUCUACGCUCAAUACGGAAGCCACUGUCAGGCACGCCUUCAUGCCAGGGAGGGCUCUUGAUCUCUGCGUCAAAGCAAAUGCCUCAAUCUCACAUGGGUCGGCUUCCAAAGGCGCUACCACAGAGGAGAGCACAAUGCAAAGCUACGCCAGUAUUGCAAUCUCGCGCCAGCAACGGAGCCGAUCUUCCCUGCUCCCAACGGCAAGAAAGACGAAAGUCGACAGCCAAGCUGAGCAGCGCGAACGGCUUCGCCGCACCAUCGAAUGGCGAGUGGCGAGUGCAUCGGCAAUGGCACCAAAAACUGGCAUCGCCGCGGAGAGCUCGCCUCUCUCUUUAUAUGAAAGAAGGUGGAUCAAGGUCAAUGGAGAUGAAGCUUUAUCCUCGUAUUCGGCUCUGCGCAUCGACAUACCAACAUUGGCGAGCUACAGGUACGAUCCCGUCGCUCGUUCUUCCAAUGAGGUGAAUGAGGCGGAAGCCAAGGAAAAGAUCAAAGGAACAGCGGACACUUCGGACAGCAUCGCUCGAGGCUAUCCCUUACUCAGUCAGGAUAUAACGGCACGACGGCUUUGCUGGCUUGGCGAAACAGCUCGUACGAUCAAUAAGAUUGGAGACACCCAUCUCACCAACUCCCAGUCACAGAAGAAUGAGCGGCGAUUGCACAGCCUUGCCUGGUUGGACCUGGAGGCAAGAAAAUUGGGCGAGACGAGACAUGCAUGGUGGUCUCCUACCCAUCGGAACAAGUUGCAAUGUUGUCCGACUCCGCCCAUUCCUUCCUCCGCUCAGCAGCAGAAGCGAAUUGAAGCAAUGACCCGGAUCAGAGGAUCAGGGCGCAUGCGAAGGCGUGACUCGACAGCGACGUCAAAUUUCGCUUUCCAGUUUCAAGGCGAGCAGAUGUCAAGCGGAAAGUGCAAGCAAAUACAGCGUAGAGAUCCCAAGAAUUCCCAGAAGGACUUCCAACGACUGCCGUCUUCUCUUUCGCAUGCGAAAGCAAUCGACGCGCAACUGGUCUCCGUAUCCCUCAAGGGCACCGACCACGAUGCUUCCGUACCCUUGCACCCGUCAGAUUUGGGCGAAGCUUCACCAUCUGACGGCCUAGAGUCAGACCGCACCAUAUACGAGCUUGCAGGAAGAGGCUUUUCUCGAGACACUGAUCUGGCAAAGGAAUUACAAGAAGCUACAGAAAAUGGUUUCCGCAUCUUUUCGAGACCAGAGAUCAAAACGCAAGCUGAUCAGUCGUUUAUGCUUGGAUUGAACUCCCUUUGCGAUCUCGAAAAAGAAGCAAUCUUGGAGUUCCUCUCUCUUUCGACAUUUUCCUGGGACAAUCUACAGGAGUCAUCGCCGUCUGUUCAGGCCGAAUACACCACUCAGUCACAGUUCGAGGGCAGAAAAGCUCGUGGAGGCGGCUUGGUUGCCGAACCGCGGGCAGACGGCCUCUCGAGAGAAGAACUCAAUGAGAUUGAAGAGGCACUUCUCGAUGAGCAAAGACGUCUUCAUAGGGGGCUCGGACCACACCAAGUUCGAAGAGGCUUCAAGUCGACGCGUGCUCACCACGCUACAUUUGAUACUGUGCCAUGCAGUCAGAGACCGUCUAUAAAGAUCCCCUCGAUUUCCAUGGUGCACUCUCGUUCUUUUCGACAAAACGGGAUCCAAGCCUUGCCUCAUCCGUCUUUAGCCCCCACAACUUCGGUGAUAGCCCCUCUUCCCAUCGGAGCACAUCCAGACGCCAACGUCAUGAUGCACCAGCAGACGCAACAUCAAGCGCUACUGGCAGCCCAAAGUGGACCAGGACACAGCGAAGAAAAUAUGCGCGUAACGUCUGACUUCGGCUAUCCGUCUUUGCUAAAAGAGCCAAUCAGCCAGCCAUUUCAGGAUGGAAGACAAGGUGAUACUAGCCAUGGUCGAAGUCUGGACGACGCUGCCCUUAGAGGGACAGGGCCGCGCCAGGAUCGCUUCUCAGGAGUCAUAAACCAACUAUUCCGUGACCCGACCGCCAAAUUUGGACAUUUGACACCAGUCGCAACAGGGUGCAAACACCCCCCAAGCUCACCUUUACCGAGGUCUAUGAGGCAAUUGCAGCACCAUGGCCUUGAAGGUCUGUUCUCACCUUCCCAAGAGGAGCUCUGGUCAGCGUCGAUCGCAAGAGUUCAUCAGCAUCUCCGGCAGCACCGCUUACAAUCCGAUUCGGUUGUCUCAAACUCUGCGUAUGACAGAACCUUGGCGGAAGGCCAGUGGUCGAGCGGCCUGGUACAAGCUCGGACUGUGGCAAAGCGUGGUGCUCCUGGUCAUAAGUCUACAUCCGCUCAACGUCAAUUGCCCUCACCGAACACGACCUUAGUGAAAAGAUGUGAAACUUGGCCAGAACUUGAUCCAUCAGCUCACCUGCUGAAUUUGUCGCAGAUCGACAUUUCCUGCUCUUUCGUUCAGCAGAUGGACAUCACAAGGUUAGAAGCAGCCCUCAUUGCCGAAUUUGCUGGCCACGGAGCUCAACAAGUUCGUCAAUCACCGUCCUGCAUCGAAUUGGGGCUUGAGCUUCAUCCGCAAGAAGCUCACGGCUCACCCACGACCAAUUUGCAACGAUCUGUCGACAGACCUUGUCCUUUGUUCUCAAAUGGAACUUCUCCGGUGGCGUCAGAGGCUAAAUCUACCGCCAGUCGCGCUGAGACUUGUUCAAACGUGGCAGGCUUGGAACAGAAUUCAUAUCAGCAGCAACCUCUGCAGAGCACAGGGGACGGAGAUCGCAAGAGUCAUCCGAUCAAGUCCCACAAUGUGUUGCGUGAGGAUCGCAGGGCUGGCUCACUCAGAAAUGCCUCCCCAAGAAGCUCUUCGUGACGGGUGUCUCCUUUCCGUGCGCUUCACCGCAUAAUACCCCACCGUGCCGCAAUGCACCAUCCUUCCUUUCGUUCGCACACCGUCCUCGACAUACUUCAAAACAGUGUCCUCGCUCACCA